AUGAAACCUUCAAAAUAGUAAUAACAACUUCAAUAAUCAUUUGCAUCAUCUAAAUAAAACUUCAUUGCUAAGAACUAAUCAAAUGAAAAAUAAUAUAUUCAGAAUAACCAAAUAAAAGAAUAAAGACCUAGCAUAGCAUAAAAUAAACCAUAAAAUAUUUAGAAUACUUCAUAUAUAAGAAUAAUUGAAAAUUUUGAGAAUGACAAUAAGUAUAUUUUCAUCUUAACAUUAAGGGAAAAUUUAUAUUAAAAAUUAGUUAAGAAAAUGGAUGUACAAAGAAAAAAUGAUGAUAAUUAAGGUAUUGGAAAAAAUUAAAAAUAAAAAAAAAAAAUUACUCUUGAUGUUGAAUAAAAUUAAAAAUAGAGAUCUUAUUCAGCUUUACCAAUAUUAAAAAGAUGGAGUCCUACUGAAAACAUGAAUCAAACAUAAAGUAAUUAAUUUUGGAAACCUCAUUCCAAUGAAAAUGAAUAGAGUACUUCAAUAAAGAAAUUUGAUAAAAAAUAAUUAUAUUUCGCCUAUUUUUGGAUUGACCAAAACUUUAAUUCAUUCAUGCCUACAUUUUGUCCUCUAAAUUAAGUAUAAAUACAUUAUUUAAAUAUAUUAGGAAAAUUUAGAUAAAUGUUAUAAUUAGUUAUUGCAUUUAUUAAAAUAUAAUUUUGAUUGA